AACUCUAGAAAGUUAGUCCCAUCUUGUUCACCUUCUACGUUAGGUUACAGACGGGCUACUGGGAUAUCUUCUUUUUCAGUCUGAAUUCUCCCACCGACGCCGGAUUCACCUUUUUCCUCCGACAGGCAGAUCCCGAAACCCUUCUAAAUCCUCGGUCAAACAGGAAUUAAUGUUAUCUUCCUAGAAACCUCAAAGUCACGGUGCUAUUAGGGUUUCUAGACGCAAUGUCGACUGGCGCAGCAGCGAAGGACGCCGAUUCGCAGUUGGCGUUGGCGGAGCAGAAAUUGGGAUUGCCGCCGCGUCCUCCUUCGUCAGCAUCGACAGCGAUUGUAGAGUAUGAGAAACCGGCCUUUAAGGAGGAAGAGGAAGACCUAGAGGUGAAACUCCGCCGCAUCAUUGAGAAUGUUCCUGUCCGCGUUAGCAACACCUCCGGAAGUUCUGCUGGCUCUGGCUCGGGUGACUUCCACCAGUACCGACAAAUGAGAAGGAAAGAGCAAGACAGACUUGCAAGGAUGGAUGCAGACUACCAGAGAAGGAAAGAAGUGGCUGAAUUCAAAAUGAGGAGGGAAGAAAGAAUGAAAGCUGCUGAGGAACGGACAGCAAAGAAGCGUUUGAAACGCCAAAAGAAGAAGCAAAGGAAGAAAGAGAAGAAGACAAAUUCAAGUGCAGGAGGAGAACAACAUCAGAAAGAAGAGUCUUCAGAUGAUGAAGGUGACUCUGACAAUGUUGAGGAAGCAGCAAAAUGAACAAAUGAAUUCUAAUGGCAUUAACUUGGAUCUUGCAAGAUAAACACAAGCAGUUGCGAAGGAAAACGAAGCUGCAACAACCUCAAAGUUUCUAUUGGCAGGGUUGGUCUACUUUGUAUGUGUACUUGUAUGCAUAAUUGACUAAUGCUUUCUGAAUAAAAUAAAGGGGGAAAUGAGGAGGAAAAUUUUGAAAUU